AUGGGUUUAUUCACUCGAUUAAAGGUUUUAUUGUCUAAAUGUGAAUCAGAACAACAAAAAGAUGAAUUGUUUUCAGCGUGUGAAAUCCUCGUCACCAAUGAACAAAUGGGUAGUCGAUUCAAAGUUGUUGCAAUCACCCCUGAGCUAGAAUCAGAUUCCGUUGGUUGUGAGCAACAACUACCUGGUUUUACUCCAUUAUCUGGUACACCAUAUGCACAGCCGAAUUCUGUAUAG